AUGCCUCCUCCUCUUCCAGACGAUUCGACACAUCUCAUUGAUCCUGUUUCUGAGCUGGAGCACAAACGGAAUCCUCGCACCAAUGCAGCAACUGGAGCAUCCGCGGCUGGUGUUCGGGCCUUGAGCGCUCAGUUUGUUUCGUUUUAUUUCCGAGCACCUGUCAAGGCUUUUUUUCGAACUCGAGUUGAUUACAUGGCUUUUGCAAAAGCUCUUAAUCCUCGUGCGGCAGAAGCCGGGUGGUCGUUACAUACAACUACUCCCGGCUUGCUUGUUCAUGCUGUCCGUACGUAUGGCUGGCGUUUCAUUCCAGAUCAAGUCAUACCUCCACUCCUAGCAAAUGCAGGCGUUGGCGCCGUGCUUUACACAUCUUAUCUCCAUGUUCUUGGUCUUCUCCACGAGCCCGUUUCCCAAGGCCUCAAACGCGUCUAUCCUCCUGCCCCUCCCUCUAAUACAUUCAUGGCUGGAUUUGCGGCCGGUACACUCCAAUCAAUGGUCGCUGCUCCUUUGGAUGCGCUUCAGGUUCGUCUUCAAGCAAAUGAUAUUAUCGAGGGCCAGUACCGAAGCAUGUGGCAUUAUGGGAAAUACAAGUUGAACCAAAUCGGCGUACGUGGUAUUUUCGCGGGCUGGAGUCUUUCCUUCUUACGAGAUGCCUUUGGAUAUGCAAUUUUCUUUUCUUCCUUUGAAUACAUCAAGGCACAGUCAUAUUACUCAUUUGUCACUGCAUAUUAUGGAUCUCUGGGGGCAUACCAGGUGGACAAAUUGCGAUUGUUCGACUCCAGUGACCGCGGGGUGCCACUAAUAAAACCCCACUAUGCCCUUGAGCCAUGCUUUUUGAUGCUCGCGGGGAUUGUGGCAUCGGUUGCCCAACAGACGAUACAGCAUCCGCUGAGUAUCAUCCAAAACCUCCACUUUGGACGGCUUGAAUAUCUCGAUAAACAGGCGAGUCUUGCCCCUUCAAGGCAACAAAUGUUGCGCUUCUACUAUCAUGCAUACCAGGAAACAUUCAAGCGAUGCAGAAAGAAGGCCGUGCGCGUUGGAGGGUGGUAUCGAUGGUUGUUUCGUGGGUUUGUAAAAGAUUCCGUUCGCCAGGUACCUAGCACCAGCGCUGCGCUGGUCAUAUUCGAAUUGGUGCGUCGUAAAUACGCUAAUCUGGCGGACGCUGUAUAUAUCCAAAAGGACGGGUAUGAUAUUCUUCUAGCCUAG